AUGAAAAUAAUCAGACUCAAUGACGAUCACAAUCGCAGAACUGAUGUUACUAUUUGUCAAUAAUAAUACACUGAUUAAAUUCAAAAAGAAAGCAAAUAAUUAUGUAAUAUUUGUUAAAAAAAUUUAUAAAUCAGCUAAUAAUUAAUUAAUAAUAAUAAUACAUAAAAAAAAAUAAAAACAAAGAGAAAGGCAUCUUUUUGUUGUUAAAACAAAUAAACAGGCAAAAAAUAAACCAAACACUUAUAUCAAAACAGUAAAAUGGGAGGUAAAGAAAGUAAAUUACUCUGCUGUCCAAACAGCAGCGUUAAUGUAUCACCCUCUUCCUAAAACAGAAAAAGCAAUAGAAGAUAAUCUUUCCAAUCAGACCACUACUAGAAUGUGGAAGACUAUCUAAUUGAUAGAUCAUCUACUCAUGAUUCGAUUUCUUAAAAAAUAAGUUUCUAACCUCUUUUUUUUGAUUUCAAUAAGUGCUCUCUUACAAGUCAAAGCCACUUAGAAAAAGGUGUCCAAUAAAGAUCUGACAGUAAGGAUAAAUUUAACAAAUUUGAUCAUUUAAUUGAGUACAUUACUGACUUCUUUGAUACAAAACCAUACGCUAAUCCUUAUAGUUCUAUGCUUGUCUAGUCUUAGUUAUAAUAUCAGUCUUAGCUUCAUUUAGAUUUAAAGGAGUAAUAUGAACGUGCUUUUAUCGAAUCAAAAGAGCCAAGCGAGUUGACAGUCUAUUUGAAGAGGGGAUAGACCAAUAACACAAAAUUCUAUGACUAAGUCAAUGAGUACAUAUUCUAAAAUGUAAAGAAUCUCGAUGAAUAUUUAGAAAGAGUAGAGGUAAAGUUAAACGAUUAAAUGGACCAUUAAAUUGAAUCCUCUUAAAUCUUAUACUAAUAAAAACUGAAAGAAGGACUAUAACUAUAAAUAAUCUACGUGAUUUUUAAAAAGUUAAACUACUAGAAAUCCAGGGAUUUAAUAUACUUAAAAAUACACAAAAGAAUCGAUGAAAACUAAUGUAUACAAGUCUAUCAAUCAGUUUAAAUUAAAUGCGAGUAGAAUACUUUGAUUGAUUCUGAUUCAGAUUAAACUAUUGCAAACGCUUCUCCUGGGGUGGCAGCAAUCGCAAAUCCAACUGCAAAUAACAAUGUCAAAUAGCCAAUAAAGAAGUAAAAGACAAAUGGAUAAAAAAUUAGAAAAGUUUCAAGCUCCAGCAAUGUUACAACUGAUGAAAAAUACGAAAGAGCUAUGCUCUAUAUGGGAGGUAAAAAAAUAACAUUUGUUCCUGAAAAGAAUGAAGUUCAUUUAUAAGAACUACAAUCAUUAGAUAUGAAAAUUGAUACACCACAUAUUUUCCAAAAGGAAGUUAUCAUCCAUCACUCAAAGAAAAUAUUUGAAAAGAUAAAGAAUACUCUUAAUUAACAAUCAAACUAAUGA